CAAUGGAGUUUAGAAACAGGUCUUCGUGAACGAUAAACAGCAGAUCAGGAAUGUAGAGUCAGUUUCAUUCGAAAGUUUGAAUCAGUUCAACUCAGUUUUAAAAAAGUUCCGUAGCUUCUUUAUAUACUUAUACGACGAUUAAGGAAAAAGGAUUUUAGUUAUUGCAGUUACAACUUAUAUACAUACACACUACUAUUAUUCCUCGUUCUGAAUAAUAUAAGGAAUCAGUGAUGGAUUCAAACAGGGACGAAGUGAUAAAAAAUGUACGAGCAUGUCUGAUAGUUUCAAAGGGCGGUGUUAAAAUAGACCACUUAAAUAAAGAUUAUAGGACUUUACUCGACGAGGGGAUACCCUACCGCAAGCUAGGGUAUCCCUCUUUAGUAUCAUUUUUGACAACAAUUCCGGGGAUCCGGACCUAUGAAAGAGGUGGAGAAUGUAUCAUAGAAGCCAUACCUACCGAGGAAUCUGCACAUAUUUCAAACUUUAUCGCUCGGCAGAAGACAUCAACGAAGAAACAUAAAAAAUUCGUAAAUCCGCGAACUCAUCCUCCGUAUCGCCAGCCUGUGAUGACAAAGAACUAUCCGCGUACUACAAGAUUUAAUAUAGAUAAUACCCACAUGAUUGGAAGACAAAGCGCAGUCACUGCAAUGCAACCGACGAAAAUUACUAUUUAUCCAAACAGCGAGAAACCAAGAUAUAUACAAUCCAAUUAUGGAAUACCACCGAGUUCUCCUAGUAAAAGACUGAAAGACAGACAACAAGUUAAUUCUGUUGUACCGCCAAACCAAAGUCCUCCUAAUAAGCCUAAGGAUGAUUUUUAUGUCAAGAACAAUGAGAAGAUGAUCACACCUGUGAUAAAUCAGAAACCAAAGACUGUUAAUAACAACGUAGAGACUUUUCCAAAGGGAAGAACUUCAAAUCUUAGCGAAAGACUCAAAGUUACUCCUAGUAUACCUUCAUUGCUUAAUAUACCCACCAGUAUUCCAUCGCCACCUCCGCAAACUCCACCGCAAUCUCCUCCGCAAUCCGAAGUGUUGUCACCUCUUUCGCCUGGGCAGGCUCUAGCGGAUGGUAAAAUGUUGCAGUUUCCACAAUUGCCAGUUAAUUUAGUGACGCCAUUAAACAAUAUUAGAAAGAACGUGCCAAGACCGCAAAGUAACGAUCCACGAGAAGAAUUGAGGAGGAGAGUUAUUGCGUUAAAUCUUCCAGAACCUGUAUAUCAAAUUUGCCCCACGACAAUUAAGAAUGCGAAAGAGCGGGCCGUGUUCGCACAAGUGAAAAUUGGACCGCAUGGAUACUCAAGUUACCCCGAGGAAGCACGUACAGAAGAUGAGGCACAAAAGCUUGCGGCACAGUUGGCUUUGUUAGAUCUUAACGAGAAAUAUGGAGCACCGUUUCGUCUGCAAGAAACCAGAGAUAAACAUAUAAUAAAAGACCGAAUUUUGUUCAUAAUAGAUGCCCAUCCGAACGGUAUCUUUAUGCAUCAGGUACCUAUAUAUUAUAAAACAAUGUAUAAGGAAAUAUUACCAGCAAUUUGGGAGAAAAUAAUCGAAGAGUGUCCGGCGAUAAUACUAGAAAAGGGUGUUGAUAAUUCAGUAAUUCUGCGCAGAUAUGUUUCGUCCACUGAAAAGGUACGAAAUAUAACUUCAUCGAAAACUGAUAAGGUACAAUUACAUCCGAUUGGACCUCCUACACCUGGACAAUUACAAUUACCAGACGAAGAUUUUUGGCUUGUGUCCGUUACGUGCGUUAUAAGUACUACAGAGGUUUGGGUCAGACUGAUAGGAGAUGCAUAUAGUGAUCAAUUCGACAUCAUGCUAACCGAAAUGACUCAAUAUUAUAAGAAAGCUCAAUCACCUACAAAAUCAUUACCAAUUGAAAUUGGUAAUUAUUACGUUAUUUUCGAAGAUGACUGUUGGCACAGAGUUCGUUGUAUGGAUUACAAUCAAACGACCGGAAUGGCUACUGUUUUAUUUAUUGAUCAUGGAGACGAAGACACCUUCCAUCAGAGUAAACUGCAAACACUGGACAAAACGUUCUGUGUGCUUCCCGCUCAGGCACUGAGAUUAUGUUUCGCCGGUUUGGAAGACUUCGGCGAAUGCGACACUAUUUUGGGGCAAAUUGAAAAGCUGUUGCUCGAUCGUGCAUUGUUCGUUGAGGUGAUUAGUCGCGAUAAAGAUGAAAACGGACCAUUCGUAACGGUUGUUUUUUACGACACACACGGACCAGACGAUAUUAACAUUAAUUCUGAACUGUCUAAACAAAUUCUGCAACACACUGCGGCUGCCUCCAAAUUAGACGUUGAGGGACAAGUAUCCGAGGUAUUCAUUUCACACGUAGACCAGAACGGUGAUGUUUUUGUCCAAGUACAGUCGGAAGGUAUGAAAAUUCUGGUGAGUUUGUUAAAUCGAUUAAUAUGCACCGGAUUAAACGCAGAAGAAGUGGAAAGUUGUACCGUGACCACGAUCGACGUUACUAAAACGUACUUCGUGUCGGUGAAUAACAAUUGGUACAGGGGCAAAAUCGUGAACAACUUUUACGAUCCAUUAAGAGCAUUCUUAAUCGAUUUCGGUAAGACUGUUGACACGUCGAUGAGCAAUCUUCUUUCGCUACAGAAGCUGUCCGAAGUGUUAGCCAAAUAUCCGGCUCAGGCAAUGAAAGUACAUCUUCAUAAUAUUGAUAAAUCAAUGUUCAAUGAAAAGAUGGCUGCGAAGCUUGCACAAAUUGCCCCCAAAGGAGAACUUCUUCUCGUGAAAGUCGUGUCGACUCGAAAUAAUGUGCCAGUCGUAGAGCUGUUUAAACGUAUUCAGCCAAGUAACAUGCUUGUUUCCAUCAAUAAUACUUUAGCGCUAGAGGAUGAAUUAACUAGAUCGCAGGGCGAUGGAAAUAAUAAUAUAAAGCCAAGGAAACGCAUUGAACGUGCCAAUUCGAAACUCGCGGGAAACGAGGAUGACGAAGUCAGGUGUCUGAAACCACCAAAAAUUUCAGGCAUCGGUGAAUAUUUCGACGUGCACGUGACAAUGGCGGCACAUCCGGGAAAUUUUACUAUCCAGCCAUUCGAUGAUAAGCGUUCCUUGGAGACUAUGAUGAUUCAGUUGCAAGAAACUUGUCAAGCGUACAAAGGCCCUGCUCCGACCGCAGAGACAAUGAGAGAGGGCAAACUUUAUGCAGCUAAACACAUAGAUGGCCAUUGGUAUAGGGUAUGCAUUUCGAGUAUAAUCAAAGAAAACAUGGUUAGCGUUUACUUUUGCGAUUUCGGGGACGUGUCGGUACUGCCACUGAGUAAAUUGCAACCUUUGAAAAGUCAGUUCUUAGAACUUCCGUAUCAGGCCAUUAAAGCAACGCUUGCUGGCAUACGACCGAUUAACGUUGACUGGUCUGUCGAGGAUAGUUUGAGGUUUCAAGAGUUGGUGGUGGAGAAAAAUUUUGUCUCGAUUGUUGUUGAAUCGAAGCACGGCGGACUUUCUCCAGCUGACACGAUACUGGGUCUAAAAUUGAUAGACGUUAACACGGCCGAGGACAUUUACAUUGAUCGACUGUUGGUAGAAGAGGGUCGAGCUACACGCAUGGACUAAUUACUCUGGCAUACAUAGAUAGUGUACACGUUUGGAUGCGCGUUACG